GUUUUUUAUUUUUAAACAUAAAGUGGGUGGCUCAAAGGGGUUUGAAAGAUGAUAAUUGAGAAAUCAAUUGUCGGGAAGAUUCUAAGCGGCAGAAUUGCCUUUACCUAAGUUGCUCCGAGCUUUGCUCAGUAGAACUUUUGGGUCGUAGCGUUUUUGUUCGAACUUGAUUUGUUGCGGAUCCUUCUGAUAUGUGGUUGUCCUUGGGACGUGCAAGGCUUUGAAGUUUGAUUCCUGAUUGAAAGCAAGAGGUUCAAGAAUGUACUGUAGUCAUACGAUCCGCUGAUUGUGGGUCUUUUUAUGGAAAUCUCUGCUUCUCUUAGAUUUAUAGAUUCAGGGACUGGGAGAUUUCAGGAUUCAUACGGCCUGAAGAUCGGAGCUCUGAGAUCCUCACAUCCACGAACUCGGGAGAGGUUUCAACGUUUGGAUUUUGUUUCGGGCAUUGGUAUUUGUGCGAGCCUACGAAAAAAAGCGGAAACCGCAUCCCUGGGUGCGGCGAUUUGGAAUUGCUCAACUCACUCGACACGACCUCUCGGAACUGUUGAAAAGCCAAAGUGCUUCGAAAGCAGUUUGGUCAGCUUUGCGAGCAGGCGCCUCACCUUUUGUGUUGGAUAGCCAAGAGCUCACUUCCAAGCAAGCAGCCUUGAAGGCAUUCGAUGUCGAUGACAUCUUCGCGAUGACGCUGAAGCCUGAGGCCGUUGAACAUAUGAUAGAAGAAGCGCCUGGCGAAGGUGUUGCUUCAACACACAAGUUUCUCUUGAGACUUCAUGAUGGAUUUUCAGUUGAGUCAGUGUUGAUACCAAACGACAGGAGGCUGACAAGGCGGGCAACAACGAUUUGCAUCAGCUCACAAGUGGGUUGUGCUCAGGGAUGCUGCUUUUGCCGCACAGGGACCAUGGGGCUCUUGCGAAAUCUCAGCACUGAGGAAAUUAUCGCGCAAGUUGUUCAAGGUCGGCGUCUGGCAAAAGAGCUGUCUCUGCCAAGGGUUCUGAAGGUGGUUUUCAUGGGAAUGGGAGAACCUUUGGCCAAUCUCAGCAAUGUUAAGCAGGCUGUGGAGGCCCUCAGUGAUAUGCGUCGUAUGGGUUUUGCAAGAAAGCGCCUGCAGAUCUCGACAGUGGCACCAUCACCUCAUCAAGUUCUUGCUUUGAAGGGCAUGCGCUGUCAGCUUGUGUGGUCUUUACAUUCACCAUGCGACACUCUGCGAGCCCAACUUGUGCCUACAUCGCUUUUCUCAACCAUGGAAUUGAGAGAAGCUUUUUUGACGGUGUUUAGAUCCAGCAGUGGGAAUCCGGACAGGCGUUUCAUGGUUGCUGUGGUGAUGAUUGCUGGUGUCAACGACCAGCCAGAGAAUGCAAGAGAGCUUGCAGAAUUUCUGAUACCUUUCUACGAAGAUCCUGAGGUCGGCUUGUCCGUGAACCUGAUUCCAUACAAUGAAAACCCUGAAUUGUCCGAACAUCAGUUUGCUGCAUCGGAUGUGAAGACAGUCCAGAAGUUUCGGAAAUUAGUGAACGAGUCUUUGCCUGGUAUGGCAAUUCACAUCCGCGAAACUCGCGGAGCCAAUGCCUCCUCUGCCUGUGGCCAACUGGCAACAGUGUGUCAAAAGCCAAGGCAUCGCUGGCUUCUUGGCUUCUUGCUCGAGCUGAAGCGCCAGCAUGAGCGUGCCGUGACCAUCAUCAAGCAGCAGGCAGAUGUAGAGGCGGACAACCUGCGCCGUGCCCAGACUGGAGAGCAACACCUCACCAAGUUGGUAGAGCAGGUACGAGGUUCCGUUGCUGAAGUGGAACGCUUGAGCUCGAGUCCUCAGAGGUUUAUGUUGCAGAAAGGCAAGCGUGUUGAUUCCGACAAGAGCUUGGAGUGGUCUGUGAGGGAACGCCAAGUCGAAGCUCGUGAGCGGAAUGCCAAGGAGUUGGAGGCACAGUUGUCCCGGCAGAGCAAGGAGGUGGAAGAGCAGCGUCGCCGCCUGCUGGGGCUCUUAGGCAUGCAGAAUACUUGGAUCUGGGCCAAGGUAGAGCGCAUUUUGGGCAAGUGA